UAAAUAUAGUACCAGUUUUCUCAAAUAGAACAAGAGAAUGGGAGCCUCAAAGCUAAUGCUGCUUCCCCUCCUUUGUGUGGUAAACGCUCAACAACAAGUAUUUACCAAUUUCAGAAGUGCUUCCCCAGCCCGUGGAGAACUUCCCAUUCGCGUUAUCCCAGUUGCCCGUUCAGCAAGUAAUGUGUCUCCCCAAGUUGUCCGGGUACCUACACCGACAGUGUUCAGAACCCCCGGUGAACAACCCCAAGUUUUUCAAAGUGCUCCAUUAACCAAAUCAGCGAUUAAGCCAGAGGUUUUAUCAAGAACUCGUGAAACUAUCAACGACAUCCUCCAAGCUGCAGAUGAAGUACAAUCUAAUCCUGAAGUUUCCUCUCUCUUUGGCGACUUUAAUUUUGACCCAGCAGCCAAUGGUGGUUAUGUCUAUGAUCCUGAGAACCCCAACAAGGCUUGGACCUACAACUAUGACCCAUCCAAAAACUCCUUCAGAAAUGGUCUUUCUACAUACUCUGCAGAGGAGGUUGUUGACACUUUUGUUGAUCAAGGAGAAAAGAUCCUAAAGGCUGUUGAUAUUCUUGCCGGAAACAAACUUCUCGGUAAACUACUUACUUCAUCUACUGUAUCUACUGAUCCUUGUGCAGUUGCCCCUGAGGAGCUUGGAUAUGUUGUUAGAGAUUUGGUUGAAGCUGUCACUAGCUCCAGGAAGGAACUAGUUUCUGUCCUUUCCUCAAUUCAAACCUUCCAACAAGAUGAAAAGAAUAUACCCAAGAUAGCCAGAGCUGCAAGUGAGGCUGUUGCUAAUGUUGAUCCCCUUAUCCCUAAGUUUUCUGCUCUCCUGAAAUCCAACAAGGCCUGCGAGGACAGUCUUAAAACCAGUGCAGCCAGCUUGAACAAUAUUGGAGGUGGACUUGAUGCUUUGAGUAAGACAAACUCUGUUGGCGCAUCAUCUUUUGCAGCAGGAGCCAAGGCAUCUCAAGCAUUCAGCCAGUUUGCAGAUAAAUUCAGCACUGGAUCCCUAGCACGGACUUGUGAAGAAUCUCCUACUUUCACCAGUGACGUUUUUAUUGGAGUUUCUGAGCUUAUAGAGGGUCUUUCUGAGAUUACAAGAACCUUUGCUGGUGAAGAUCCCUCUGCCCAAGCCAGCACCAAAAAUAUUGAUCAAACCGUUACACUUCUUAAGGAUGGAGCGGAUAUCUUGAGCGAAGCUAACUUGACUCCCCUCGUCACUGGAUUGGUGAAAUCUGAAGACGGUUGUAAGACAUCUCUUCCAGCUGUUGCCAAGGCUUUGGCUGAUGUUGCUGAGAUCGCUGAAGCACUUGAGAUUACGACUGAGUAAAAGAAGGUUUUGAAGAGUAGUGCAAUACGAAAAUACCUGCUAAAACUAUUAUAUAUACAAUGUAAUAAAUGGUUGUUAUAAUUUAAAA